UGGCCUGCGGGACUCCCCCUGGGCCUCGAUGGAGCUCCUCUGGCCGCCCUCGAAGCCCUUGCUGCUGCUGCUGCUGCUGCUGCCGGCGGUGCCUGCAGCUGGCGGCUCCUGGCAGUGCCCGCGCAUCCCCUACAAUGCCUCCCGCGACUUUGACGUGGAGUACACGGUGCCCAGCUUCUCGGGCGGCGGGCCGGUGCAAGCCCUGGCCACCUACGACGGCGGCGAGGAUGGGAGCGCCGUGUUCGUGGCCACGCGCAAUCGCCUGCAUAUGCUUGGGCCGGACCUGCAGCUCCUGGAGAGCCUGGUCACGGGCCCCGCCGGGGACCCUGGCUGCCAGACGUGUGCGGCCUGCGGCCCAGGCCCCCACGGCCCGCCGGGGGACACAGAUGCCAAGGUGCUGGUGCUGGACGAGGCGCUGCCGGCGCUGAUCAGCUGCGGCUCGAGCCUGCAUGGCCGCUGCUUCCUGCUCGAGCUGGAGCCCGGCGGGGCCGCCCCGCACCUGGCCCCGCCAGCCUGCCUCUUCUCCUCCCACCGCAACCGGCCCGCAGACUGCCCCGACUGUGUGGCCAGCCCUCUGGGCACCGUGGUGACCGUGGUGGAGCAGGGCCACGCCUCUUACCUCUAUGUGGCGUCUUCCCUGGACGCAGAGGUGGCUGCGAGCUUCAGCCCGCGCUCGGUGUCCAUCCGGCGCCUCCGGGCCGACGCCUCGGGAUUCGCCCCAGACUUCGAGGCACUGUCGGUGCUGCCCGCGCACCUUGCCUCCUACCGCAUCGAGUACGUGUACAGCUUCCACGUGGGCGCCUUCGUCUAUUUCCUGACCGUGCAGCCGGCCAGUGUGGCCGCGGCUCCGGGAGCCUUACACACGCGCCUGGCCCGGCUCAGCGCCCUGGAGACCGACCUGGGCAACUACCGCGAGCUGGUCCUCGACUGCCACUUCGAGCCCAAACGCCGGCGGCGCGCGGCUUCUGAGGGCGGGCAGCCCUACCCGGUGCUCCGGGCAGCCCACGCCGCUCCCGUGGGCCGCCGGCUGGCCGCUGAGCUGAGCGUCGCCGAGGGCCAGGAGGUGCUCUUCGGGGUCUUCUCGGCCGGCGGAGGCAGCAGGGCCGGCGCGGGUCCCAGCUCGGUGGUCUGCGCCUUCCCCCUCGACCUGGUGGACAAGCUCAUCGAGCAGGGUGUGGAGCGCUGCUGCCACCCGCCCGUCCACCCAGGCGUCCGGCGAGGCCUCGACUUCUUCCAGUCGCCCACGUUGUGCCCCAACCCGCCUGACAUGGUGGCCUCCAGCCCCAACAUCAGCUGCUACCACUUCCCUCUGCUGGUCAGCAGCAGCAUCUCACGUGUAGACCUGUUCAACGGGCUGUUAGGACCGGUGCAGGUCACUGCGCUGUAUGUGACGUGCCUCGACAAUGUCACAGUGGCCCACAUGGGCACAAUUGAUGGGCGCAUCCUGCAGGUGGAGCUGGCCAGGUCUCUCAGCUACUUGCUGUAUGUCUCCAACUUCUCACUGAGCAGCAAUGAGCAACCCGUGCAACGGGAUGUCAGUCGCCUUGGGGACCACCUAUUCUUUGCCUCUGGGGACCAGGUCUUCCAGGUACCCAUCCGGGGCCCUGGCUGCCGCCACUUCCUCACCUGUGGGCGUUGCCUGCGGGCACAGCGUUUCAUGGGCUGUGGCUGGUGUGGGAGCAUGUGUGGCCGGCAGAAGGAGUGUCCUGGCUCCUGGCAACAGGACCAUUGCCCACCUGAGCUGACUGAGUUCUAUCCUCACAGUGGACCCCUAAGGGGCAGCACGAGGCUGACCCUAUGUGGCUCCAACUUCUACCUGCGCCCUGACGGUCUGGUGCCUAAGGGCACCCAUCAGGUCACCGUGGGCAAGAGUCCCUGCCGACUGCUGCCCAAGGACAGCUCAAACCUCAGCCCACUGUCCUGGAAGGGCUUUGUAGAGGAGCUUGAGUGUGAGCUGGAGCCCUUGGGUGCACAGGCAGCUGGGCUGGCCAACAUUAGCCUCACCGUGACCAACAUGCCACCGGGCAAGCACUUCCGGAUAAACGGCACCUCCGAGCUGCAUGGCUUCUCUUUCAUGGAGCCAGUGCUGAAAGAAGUACAACCCCUCUUUGGCCCACGGGCAGGGGGCACCCGCCUCACCCUCAAAGGCCAGGGUCUGUCCAUAGGCACCAGUCGGGCUGUUCUGGUCAAUGGGACCGAGUGCCUGCUGGAACAGGUCAGUGAGGGGCAGCUGUUAUGUACCACGCCGCCCGGUGCUGCUUCGGCCAGCGUUCCCAUUCACCUGCAGGUGGGGGGCGCCAAGGUGUCUGGCUCCUGGACCUUCGACUACCGGGAAGACCCCAUCAUGCUGGGCAUCAGCCCCAGCUGUGGCUACACCGGCUCCCACGUCACCAUCCAUGGCCAGCAUCUGACUUCAGUGUGGCACCUAGUGCUGUCAUUCCAUGAUGAGCUUAUGACAGUGGAAAACAGGUGUGAGGGGCAGCUCCCGGAGAAGCAUCGGUGCCGCCUGCCCGAAUACGUGGUCCGAGGCCCCCAGGGGUGGGUGACAGGGAACCUGAGUGUCCAGGGGGAUGGAGCUGCUGGCUUCACACUGCCUGGCUUUCGCUUCCUGCCCCCACCCCAUCUACCCAGCACUGACCUGGCCCCACUGAAGCCCGAGGAACAUGCCAUUAAGUUUGAGUACAUUGGGCUAGGAGCUGUGGCUGACUGUGUGGAUGUGAACGUGACCGUGGGUGGCAAAAGCUGCCAGCAUGAACUCCGGGGGGAUGUGAUCAUUUGUCCCCUGCCCCCCUCCCUGCAACUGGGCAAGGACGGUGCCCCACUGCAGGUCUGCGUGGAUGGUGAAUGUCACAUCCUGGGCAGAGUGAUGCGACCAGGCUCAGAGGGUGUCUCACAGAGGACUCUCCUUGGUGUCCUGCUGGCCCUGGUGCUGCUUGUGACUAUAUUGGCCGUUGCGCUGGUCUUCAACUACCGGUGGAAGAAGCAGCAAGCCUUUUUUCCGUACCUGGAUGACCCAGCGUCUUUGGACCAAACCACCAGGGCCAUGCCUCUGCCUCUGCUCCAGUUGCACUCUGACUCCAAAAAUGGCCUUGCAGCUCCUGCCAUGGAUGGUCUGGACUCCACCACUCAGGUCCACAGAGUGUCCUGCUCAGACAGCGGGGAUGGGUCCUGUGUUCCACUGCUUCGGACAAAGUCCAUCCAGCUUGGGGAUCUGGACCCUGUGCUCCUGGCCGAGGUCAAGGAUGUGCUGAUUCCCCAUGAGCGGGUGGUCACCCACAGUGACCGAGUCAUUGGCAAAGGCCACUUUGGGGUUGUCUACCAUGGAGAAUACACAGACGAGGCCCAGAAUCGAACCCACUGUGCCAUCAAGUCAUUGAAUCGCAUCACGGAGGUGCAGGAGGUGGAGGCCUUCCUGCGUGAGGGGCUGCUCAUGCGUGGCCUGCACCACCCCAACGUGCUGGCCCUCAUCGGAAUCAUGCUGCCACCCGAGGGGCUGCCCCGUGUGCUGCUGCCCUACAUGCGCCACGGAGACCUGCUCCGGUUCAUCCGCUCACCCCAGCGAAGCCCCACGGUGAAGGACCUCGUCAGCUUCGGCCUGCAGGUAGCCCGCGGCAUGGAGUACUUGGCAGAGCAGAAGUUUGUGCACAGGGACCUGGCUGCUCGGAACUGCAUGCUGGAUGAGUCAUUUACGGUCAAGGUGGCUGACUUCGGCCUGGCCCGAGGCGUCCUGGACAAGGAAUACUACAGCGUUCAGCAGCACCGCCAUGCUCGCCUGCCUGUCAAGUGGAUGGCGCUGGAGAGCCUACAGACCUACAGGUUCACCAGCAAGUCUGAUGUGUGGUCAUUUGGUGUGCUGCUAUGGGAGCUGCUGACACGGGGCGCCCCACCGUACCCCCACAUCGACCCUUUUGACCUCAUUCACUUCCUGGGCCAGGGUCGUCGCUUGCCCCAGCCUGAAUAUUGCCCCGAUUCUCUGUAUGCAGUGAUGCAGCGCUGCUGGGAUGCGGACCCCACAACGCGACCCACCUUCGGAAUGCUGGCAGGGGAAGUGGAGCGAGUGGCAGCAGCUCUUCAUGGGGACCACUACGUGCAGCUGUCUGUGGCCUACGUGAACCUGGGCCUUGCUGCCUCCAGUGAGGCAAACAUGCGCCCAGAACUGUCAUUGUCCCCACAUGUGCACAGGAGCACCAGCCGGCCUCGGCCCCUCUCAGAGCCACCAAGGCCCACGUGACCUCAGCCCUAGGCAGGCCCUGAGGGGCUGGAGCUGCAUAACCCCUCCAGGGAGUUAACCUCAGGCUGCCUCUGGCCUGUGCCGAGCCAAGGGGUGACCCAAGUUGCCUCUGCCCUGUCCCUGACCCUUAACCUUCAGGCUAUAGGAGGGGAACAAGGCACACUGGCCAGCUCACGCCACAGAGGGAGCCAGUGAGGGUGAGCCUUGCUGCAGUGAGUGCUUAUGGGGCUCCUGCUGUGUGCCUGGCCUGCUGGGCGCAGGGGACUCAACCAUGACCAGACACUGGCCCAUGAACUGAUAAAUGAACAAAUGACUAUUUAAGCACAUAAAAGGAAAAGACAGGUGGCCCUGGCCACUGUGGCUC